AUGACGGAGUCUACUCAAGUUAAAACACCAAAAAAGAAAGUAUCCAAGCCUAAGAAGCCAGCGGAUCACCCAUCGUAUUUGUAUGGUGAAAGAUGCAGUCACCGCACUGAAGGAGAGGGGUGGCUCGUCCAGACAGGCACUUCUCAAGACGUCAUGGCCAACUACAAAGUUGGAGACAACCGAAGGCAAUCAAUGCCCGUCUCAAGACUGCUUGAAGAAUGGUGUUCAGAGGGAAUACUGAAACAGGCUAAAGGCACAGGUGCUGCAGGUUCUUUCGUCUCGGCGAGAAGAAAGCAGAAAAGAAACCUGCUGCCAAGAAGACUGUUUGAGAAGCCAAAGAAGGUUAAAACUCCAUCAAGAAGGCAACCAAGAAUCGGCAGGAGACAAGAAAGCUAA